AUGGCCGCCUCCAUAACUAGAUCCCCCGAUAUCCCGCCCAGCGCCACCGACCUGCGCGACGCCUACAACCUCCAGCUGCAAUCCGCAUCCGGCGACCCCGUGAGCUUCGGCGACCUGAUUCUUGAAAAGGGCGAGAUCACGACGAUUGUUGUUUUCAUCCGCCACUUCUUCUGCGUCUACGACCAAGACUACGUCCGCUCCGUCAGCCACCACCUCACCGACAGCGUCCUCCAGACAACCCCCGCAGCCGCAGGCGGGCCGAUCCAGCUGAUCAUCAUCGGAUGUGGGGACCCUUCCCUGAUAGUCCCGUACGUCUCUGACACCGACGCGCACUUCCCCGUGUACAGCGACCCCGAUGGAAAAGUGUAUGAGAAACUGCACAUGGAGCGUACGGUCGCGAAUAUCAUGCGUCCGCCUGUGUACACGGAUGUCGGGUUCUGGAGGUCCAUGGGUAUGACGCUGCGGCAGAUGGUGGGGAGGGGAUGGAAGGGCUUGCGGGGUGGGAGGUGGGAUCAGAAUGGGGGUGAGUGGGUGUUUCGGAAUGGAAGGUGUCGGUUUGUGCAUCGGAUGGAGAGUGUGAGUGAUCAUUUGACGGCGGGGGAGUUGAUGAGGAUUUUGGAGAGGAGGGGGAGUGGCGAUGAGGUUGCGCUUGGGAAGGUGGAGGAUUGA